ACUCUCCUUGAAAAGAAAGUUAAUUAUUUUUGUAGCAAGAUGACGACUUACAGCUUUCUUCUGUGUGCUGCGAUAUUAUCUGUCACAGUGUAUGGAACCAGCAGUGUUAUCCCAGGGGCUACGUGACAGAACUCUCUGCCAGCAGCACUGCGAACACAACUUCACCAAAACAACUACCGUUACCAAGAGGCAGCUCAUCAACACUGCCCCAAGGCUGAAGAAGAAAGCCCUUCUUAUUGGAAUAAGAAGGCUAAACAAUCUUUGGAGGCUGCUUUGGAACUGAAGCCAUUGACACACCACGCUAAAAAUGUGAUACUCUUUCUUGGAGAUGGAAUGGGAAUACCCACAGUGACUGCUGCUCGAAUACUCAAAGGUCAAUUACUACGAAAACUUGGGGAAGAGACAGUCUUAACAAUGGAAUCUUUCCCACAUCUCGGUCUUUCCAAGACAUACAACGUUGAUCAUCAAACCCCUGAUAGUGCUGGUACAGGCACAGCUUAUCUUUGUGGGGUGAAAACAAAUUAUGGAACCAUUGGAUUAAGUGCAGCUGCUAGACGAGGCAAAUGCAACACCGCAUUUGGCAAUGAAGUCAAGUCUGUACUUACAAGGGCAAAAGAAGCAGGAAAGUCAGUUGGCAUUGUGACGACCACUCGAGUUCAACAUGCUUCUCCAGCUGCUACCUAUGCUCAUGUUGCUGAAAGAAACUGGUAUAGUGACGCUGCUUUGCCAUCUAAUGCAGUUGGUGUCUGCAAAGAUAUUGCUUUACAGCUGAUAUCUAACACAGACAUUGAUGUCAUACUCGGAGGAGGAAGAAAGUACAUGACUCCAGAAGGAACUCCUGAUCCUGAGUAUCCAGAUGACCGAGCGCAAGAUGGUGAACGGAAGGAUAAUAAAAAUUUGAUUGAAAUGUGGCUUAAAGGCAAAAAAGAUGCAAAGUAUGUAUGGAACAAAAGUCAAUUUGAUGCUGUGGAUGUGCAAAAAACCAAGUAUUUGAUGGGUUUGUUUGAACCCAAGGAUAUGAAAUAUGAGUUAAAUCGAAAUGAAACAAUGGAUCCAUCUAUUGUUGAAAUGACUGAAAAAGCCAUUAAAAUUCUGAGUAAGAAUCCAAAGGGGUUUUUCCUUUUUGUUGAAGGUGGGAGAAUUGACCAUGGACAUCAUGAUGGAAAGGCAGUGCUUGCCUUGCAUGAAGCAGUAAAAUUUGAUGAUGCUAUUGAAAAAGCUGGUACCUUGACCAAAGAGUCUGAUACCCUUACCAUUGUAACUGCAGAUCAUUCACAUGUUUUUAGUAUUGGUGGAAAAGCUUUUCGUGGCAAUUCAAUAUUUGGAUUGUCACCAUACAAUGCAAAAGAUGAAAAGCCAUAUACAAGCCUCUUGUAUGGAAAUGGACCCGGUUUUGCAAUUGUAAAUGGCACACGAGAAAACAUAACAUCCAUUUCAUAUGACAACAAGGAUUAUCAUCAACAAGCCGCAGUUCCACUGGAUUCAGAAACCCAUGGCGGAGAAGAUGUGGCCAUUUUUGCCAAAGGUCCCAUGGCUUAUUUAUUCCAUAAAACACACGAGGAGAAUUACGUUGCUCAUGUGAUUGCCUAUGCUUCUUGCAUCGAACCAUAUACAGACUGCCAGUCAAACAAUGGUGGAUCCUCACUCCAGCCUAUUAAGUCUCUCAGUAUUUUAAUCCUGAUACCUUUUUUAACUCAAAUUUUGACUAAUCUUUAAUGCAUACUUACUAAUGCCAUGCAUGUGAAUAAUUUUAAAAUAUGAUGAUCAAUACCAGAUAUCGUCAACUGCUUUUUCUUGUUGCCUAUUGAGCUAACGAAUACUUUACAAUGUGAUUACAUUUAGAAAAUUGUAUUUUAAUAAUGUUUUAACUUCAAAGUACUUUCCAAAAAUGAAAAUAUUGACUACAUUCUUCUUGGCUUCCAGUUUAAGUAUAUUUACUAUCCUAUAUAUCUUCUGAAAUUUUAUGCCAGCAUUUGGUGUGUUUUUUUAAAACAUGAAUAGUUGAAUAAUGGUAUCUGAACUGGAUUUUCUAAGUUGAGAGGAUAUUGGUUGGAUAAGGGACUAACAGAACAAUUCUUCCACAGAAUAACGUUAAAGACACUUUAAUAAAAUAAAAAAUGAAACCGAUGGUACCUUCUGGACCAUGUAAC